CGCUCCACGAGUUGCCGAGCAGCCGAGGAGGCCCUCACUUCCGCGUCGGGCCCCGCGGCGUCCGGCGGCCGCGCGGAGGGCCCGGCGGGCCUCAGAGGUGGACCAGGACCACCCUUAUUUUGCACUUUCUGAAAGCGUUUGAAGGCAAAAAUUAAGGUGUUGCUGGGAACAAUGGAAGGUGACAAGGCAGAAGAAAAGGUGUUAGAUAUUCUUCGACUGAAUGUGGGUGGCUGUAUUUACACAGCCAGACGUGAGUCCUUGUGCCGCUUUAAAGACUCGAUGCUGGCAUCCAUGUUCAGUGGUCGUUUUCCUCUAAAAACAGAUGAAUCGGGGGCUUGUGUUAUUGACCGUGAUGGACAUCUGUUUAAAUACCUUUUGGAUUAUCUUCAUGGAGAAGUUCACGUUCCCACAGAUGAGCAAACCCGUGGUGCUCUGCAGGAAGAGGCUGAUUACUUUGGCAUCCCUUACCCAUAUAGCCUGUCUGACCACUUGGCCAAUGAAAUGGAGACAUAUUCUUUAAGGUCAAAUAUAGAACUUAAAAAGGCUCUAACAGACUUCUGUGAUUCAUAUGGUUUAGUUUGCAAUAAGCCAACAGUUUGGGUUCUUCACUAUCUUAACACAUCUGGUGCAAGCUGUGAGAGUAGAAUUAUUGGUGUAUAUUCCACAAAAACUGAUGGAACAGAUGCUAUUGAUAAGCAGCUGGGAGGAAGAAUUCACAGUAAAAGCAUUUUUAAAAGAGAGGCGGGAAAUAAUGUUCAGUACAUUUGGAGCUAUUAUUCAGUAGCUGAACUGAAGAAAAUGAUGGAUGCCUUUGAUGCCUGGGAAGGAAAAGGUGUUAGCUACUGGCGGGUGCCUCAUGAGCUGAUAGAAUGUUGGACCCUGGAAGAGCGGCCCUUACUUGGAAGCCUCCGUCACAUGGCCCCAGUUCGAAAGAGGCGACUGAUGGCGUUCAAUGAAGAGGAAGACGAAGGUGUGAACUGUAAGACUGGUCCCAAGCCAGUCAGAUUCCUGGGCCCUUCCACCAGCACCCAAAUUAAAGUCAAGAACUCGGCGUCGGUCAGGGUGUCCCCGGCCAGCGCCCUCCAGUCUGCGGGCGGAAAGGCAGCGCUGCGCUCGGCGCCGCCGAAGCCUCCGUCCCCCGCGGGCACUGCGCUGCCGGGGCAGCCCCAGGCUCCUCGUGGGGCCGGGAGCGCUGAAAACGGAGCCGCGCACCCACCCCCCGCCAAGGUCCUGCUCUCGGACAAGAAGGCCACCCCGCCCCGAGUGAUAAAACUGAAGCGGACUCCACUGUGCGCCGCCGGGCCGUCCCCGCCUGCCGCAGCCGCAGCCGCAGCCGCAACCGCAGCCAGGCCCGCGAGGCCCCCAGCGGCGGCCCCGGAAGCCCCCGGCGCGCACGCGCGGACUGAAAACGGGCGGGGCCAGGCUGAUUGACGGAAGCGUGGGCUCCGGACAUCCCGCUCGCCUCCCGGAGCGCCCGAGCCGUGCGCUGCAAAUAGGUGGCGCUGUUUCUUGGUGCAGUAGGGGGUGGAAACUUGGGUUUCUCUUUAGGAUCAUUACGGGAAAAAUGAAUUGUGUCAAGUAGGAAUGGAAGAGGGAGAGUUUACGUGGUUGGGCCUAUCUUUACUUCUCCCGACUUUGAAACGGUUGUCUACUGACAGUUUGGAUUUCAGGUUUUUAAUUUUUUUUUUUUGAUGGUUCAUUGGUAUUAAGGCAACAAAACAGUACAGUAAAAUCAUCACUAGAGAAGUCCACUUUGUUCCUGAGUAAUUAUAGACUUUAGGCACUUUUGUAGUGUUACUCAUUGCUGCCCAGGGCCGAAUGAGGUUAGAUAUUCCCGUCUGGUGAAAUAGGGUGACGUUCGUGUAUCCCUGUGCUGUGUCACAACCAAGAGAUUUGAGAGAAAAUGCAGACCCAGGUGAACUCCCUGCAGGUUUCUUUCAGUCUCAGAAGGCUUCGUGAAAAGAAAUGAGGAGGAAAAAAAAAAAGACAGUAAUCUAAGAUCACACGUUCUCUGACUCAAUUGAACUAUUUUCUUUUCCUAGAUUGUUUUUUUCUUACUCUUUUUUUUGCUAGCAGAUUUAUUUAUACAUCACAAGAAGAUGUCUUGAGAUGAGAACUAUAUAACAUGUCUUCGGAAUGAAUUGUUAAAAUAUUUUAUUUUAAUUUGAAUAGUGAAGUUCUGAAAGUACUUUGAAAAAGAAGUUAAGUGUUAACUUUUAACUAAAGUUACUACUUGUUUCUCAGGAAUGACCACUGAGGAGUCAUUCUGACUAUACAAUAUGAUUUUUAUGCAUAAAAUUCCCACUUAACUUGAACUUAAUAUUUUUAAACAGAAUAUUUUGAUUAAUCCUCUAUUUUUUCACAGCUAUUCAGUUGUAUGUGUUUACUCUUACGCGUUAAGUUUUAUAAUUGGAUCCCAUAUUUCCACCUUCAGUAAGCAGUAUGCCUUCAGUGUAUUAAAAAUAAGUUCAUAAAGCAGGGUACUUUUUACUCAGUGCUUAUCAUUGUACUUGCAUUACUUUGAAAGAGUAGAGUAAAUAUACUCAAAACAUUACUUUUUACAAAAUAAAGUAAAAUUUUUCCAUACAAAGUAACAUUUUCCAUGACUGUGCUUAUUUUUAAGCCU